AUGUCGGAAUCUAUUUACAAUCAUGACUUUCUUUUAGAUUCGAAUUUUGAUAUAAAACAGGAGUCAACCUUCGAGUUAGCUACCAUGUCAGCUUCUGUACCUAUACCCAAUAGGCGAUCAGAUUUUGGCGACUUGAAUUCUGAGAUUGAUCUAUGUUUACAAGACAACCAAGUUGGAUCUUUCCACAGUGUACCCACUUUGCAGUACAACAAGUACACUUUCGAGUCGGACACUACAAAUAAAAUAGAACCAUUUAAAAUGGAGGAUGAUGAUAUUUUUCAAGUGGAUAAGGCGGAUUUAAUUUUGGGGCCGACAUUGGCAGAGUUAAAUGCGAACCCGGAUACAUCUUUGGAUGACUUGGAUUUCGCAGACUUGUUGAUGCCUGAAGAAAGUGAAUAUUGUAUACAAAUAGGUGGUGCUAUGAGUGGCGGGAGACGCAUAACUAAUCUGCAAACGGCUCCUUUAGCUUCAGAGAGCCCAUGCAGUCCCUACAGCAGGGCCCAGUUAGCUUUUUCUCCUUCAAGUCAGCACAGCUCUGCGUCAUCAAGUUUUGCUCAGCCCACAAAUCAGUUGCCAGAACUAUUGCUACGUAUGGAUGGUUAUAGUGGAGAAAUAGCAUUAGGGCAGUCUGUACCUGCUUCUUCAGUGCUGCCUCCGUUCCCACCAAAUGUCAAAAGUCAGUCACAACUCUCUUCAUCAGCACCUACACAUUUGUCUUUAGAUCAGAUAUGGCAAAGACGGGAACCGCGCAAACAUCUGUUAUCUACAAGUUCUGUGGCAGAAGCAGGUUCCAUGUCCUCAUUGUCAGGCGGGAUCCUCAGUCCAGGGACUGGAGACUUCUCGCAAGACGAAGAUGACAGGGAUAUAGAAUCUGAUGAGGACAGCGACAGAUACGAGGACCUAUCAUCGGAUGAGUCCAACGAUGAAAGCCCAGAGAAAAAAGAAGCUAGGCAAGCAGCUAAGAAGGAGAGAUACUUCUGGCAGUACAAUGUCCAAGCAAAAGGUCCAAAGGGUCAGAGGUUGGUGCUCAAGAAGAAAUCUGAAGAUCCACAUGUCCUUAACUCUGUCACGGAUCCUGUCUUUAGUCCAAAUUGUAAUGUUAAGGGCAUAAAGCACAGUGGAAAAGCAAGAAAAGGCGACGGUAACGACCUGACUCCAAACCCCAGAAAACUAUACCUCAUAGGCUUAGAACUGGACAACUUGGGCAAAAUCAUAAACGACAUGAUUCCAGUCAGCGAGUUGCCUUUUAACGUCAGACCGAAGACGAGGAAAGAGAAAAACAAAUUGGCUUCGCGAGCGUGCAGGCUCAAGAAGAAGGCGCAACACGAAGCCAACAAACUUAAAUUGUAUGGCCUGCAACAGGAACACAAGCGUCUUAUAAACGGCAUACACCAAAUGAAGCAGGUAAUAGGCAGCCGCGUGACAAAUCCCGAAACCAAAGUAGAGUGGAGUUCACACCUCAACGGCAUCGUCAAUACGGCCACAGAGGUGAAAAUCGCGGGCAAGACGUCAGAAUUCGUGAACGAAGUGCUGGACAAGGUCCGCGCGGGACAAAACAAUGGCGGCCUCUACGAUAUAUAG